GCCUGGCAAACAGGCCCUGCUCUCUCUCUCUUUCUAUCCUUUUCUUCUUUCCCUUCCUUCCUUCCCUCCUUCUUGGAUCCAGAAGAGACAUUGCAGUCGCUUGGGAAGUGGAUACCAAAGCUGGCAGACACCCACCAAGGGAGACAUCAAGUGCACAUCAAAGAGAGUGAAAACCAAAAAAGAAGGAGAGGGGAAAUGGGAGUGAGUGACAUUUAGAAACUCUGAAUGGAUUGGAAUGGGGAAAGCCACAUGUUCUUCGAGGUCAUGCCGCUCCAUGAACGCUGGAAUCAUCAUUAAGACGCUCUUCCUUCUCUUGUUCUGUAGACAUGUUUAUUCCCGCUGCAAGAUUUUGCGUUGCAACUCCGAGUACGUGGCCUCCACCCUCAACCUGCGUGGCCCCAACAAGAGCAUUGCUUACUGCAACGCCCUGCGCUCCUAUGCCCGCUGCACCCGCCGGACGGCCCACGCCUGCCGCGGAGACCUGGCCUACCAUUCCGCCGUCCACGGCAUCGAGGACCUCAUGACCCAGAACCGGUGCUCGAAGGAAGGACCCACCUCCCCAACCCGGCCCCAGACCCCGACCCCCAACCACCAGGGCACGGCUUCCCUGGACCUCUGUGACUACGAGAAGAGCUUUGCCCAAAAGCAUGGCCACCUCCCUAACUACCAGCACUGUGCCAUGUUUGGGGACCCCCAUGUUCGGACAUUCGGGGAUGAGUUCCACACCUGCCGAAUAGAGGGCUCAUGGCCGCUCCUGGACAACAAUUACUUGUUUGCUCAAGCCACCAGUUACCCGGUAGCAAAAGGAUCCAAUGCCACCGCUACUGGAAAGCUGACCAUCAUAUUCAAGAACAUGAAGGAGUGCAUCGACCAGAAGGUCUACAAAGCAGAGGUGGACAACCUGCCGGCGGCUUUCGAGGACGGUUCGGUCAACGGCGGGGAGAGGCCUAGUGGGACCAGCUUGAGCAUCCACGAACGCAUCCCCGGGCGCCACGUGGAGAUCCGUGCGGCCUACAUCGGCACCACCAUCGCCGUGCGCCAGGCAGGGAGACAGCUCUCUUUCUCCAUCCGAGCGGCCGAGGAGGUGGCCCGGUCCUUCACGGAGGAGCAGGACCUCCAGCUGUGCGUUGGGGGCUGCCCCCUUAGCCAGCGCAUCUCCCGGAAUGAGUGCUGUUGCGACGGUCGGGCCGCCAUCCCUGCGGAGAAGGCCCACCAGCUGUGCAAGGAAAAGUUGCCGGUGGAGGACCUCUACUUCCAGUCAUGUGUCUUCGACGUCGUCACUUCGGGAGAUGCCAACUUCACCUUGGCGGCACACGGCGCAUUGGAGGAUGCCAAAGUCUUCCACCCGGAUGCCAGGAAGCUCCACCUUUUCCAAAACAACACAGCUGACCAUCCUAUGGGCCCAUCUUUCUCGGUCCUUGUUGCAUUGGUGAUUUUGCUUUCUCAAUGAAUUGGGGAUUCGUUGCACCAAAAAGCCACAUCAAUGUGGAGAGA